UAGUGGUGACGAUGGUGGUAGUGGUAACGGCGGUAGCGGUGGUGGUGACGGUAGUGGCUAUGGCGAUGAUGAAGGUGAUGGUGGCGGUGGUCGUAGUGAUAAUGGUGGUGACAGUGAUGGUAGGGGUGAUGGUGAAGGUAGUAGUAAUGAUGGUGGCGGUGGCAGCGAUGGUAGUGGUGGUGGUGACAGCUGUGGCUGCGACGAAGGUGAUGGUGAUGAAAUGGUAAUGGUGGCGGCGGCAGUGAUGGCAUUAGUAGUGGUGGCGUCGUGGUGGUGA